CUGUGACGUCACGACGUGUUGACGCCGCUUUGGCCGUGUAGUCGAGGCGUCGGUAAUUUUCUUGUAAAUAUAUUUGUCAAGAUAUUUUUUCCUCACAGUGCGAAUGACAGUCCGCGAGGGACAGCGACACAUUUCAUGUAGUGUAAGUCAUCGAAGAAUCCACUCCAUGGAGGUCGUAGACAGCCCGCUCAACCUCGCUCACCAGCAGUGCAGGAAGGCGGACCGUUUGGUAGCCGCUGGGAAGUAUAAAGAGGCCAUCUCCUGCCAUGGAAAAGCAGCAGAGCUUCUGACCGAUGCAAUGAAGACAACAGACUGUGAGCAGGCUCGUCUGUCCAUGGAGCUGCAGAGGGACAGUCAUAUCAAACAGCAGCAGCUGAUCCAAGAGCGCUGGAAGAGGGAAGCUCGACGUGAGGCAACAAAGGCCCGAUCUGCUGCGAUGCAGCCCCCCGCUGUCCCGGGGCUCCUGGUCCCAACUCAGUCCACCGGCCACCCGGGCCUCUCAGCUGCAGAGUGUGGAGGCAUCAGGGAGAGAGAGUACGACACCUUACUCUACCAGCUUCAGACUCGGCAGACUGGAGGCUGCCAGCCUUUGACUCCCCAGUACCCUGGAUCAAAGACCACCAAAGAUGACAAAACUCGCUUGGAAGAGCAACAGACCACCAUCGAGGACCUGCGGCGCCUGGUCGAUCACCUGAUGAACGAAAAUCAGCAGCUGGUAGCCGAGAACGAGCGGCUACGGUCGGAAAAUGCCAGGCUGCACUCCGAGGCGGCGGACUUUGUGGAGCGCUCGGAGCUCUGGGUGCUCCCGCAGGCGGGUGCUGCCAUGGCAACGGGGGGUGGGCAGGAGAGGAAGAGCACAGGGAAGGGGAAGGAGAUCGCAAUCCCUCAGCUGCCACCACUGGAAAUGCCAGCUCAGGAAGAUCUGUGUCUAGAUGACCUGCCUCCUCUGGAGCUGCCAGAGGACAUCCAGAAUGAACUACAGGAGCUACUGGACAGGGAUAAACUGUGAUUAGACAGAUAGUACCACACGCACACACACACACACACACACACACACACACACACACACACACACACACACACACACACACACACACACACACACACACACACGCACACACACACACACACACACGCACACACAAAAUAAUAAUAUGGCUUUUGAGUUGAGCUGCCAUGACUGAUGAGACUUCAGCUCAGGUUGUAGGUGGACAGACCUAUCACCCCCAAACUCUGUGCACUAGUUAGAAUCAGUCCACCAGACAGUUCUGCUUCAAAUGGUGCAAUAAACUGACAGGAGGGAGAGAAGAGAUCUGAUCAGGCAGAUUACCACUAAUGCAAGACAGUCGAGGAAUAGUUCAUUCAGAAAUGAUGUCAGUUGAGACAUCAGUGAAGUCAGAUGUUAGCAGUGCUUACAGUGAGCUCUGUAUCAGCUGUCAGGAACGUGUUCCUCUUUCAAAGUCCACUUAUCUGGGUUUUCAGGAGCUUUUAACCACGUCUUAUGGUCUUCCGUGGUAUUUCCAAAUCGCCGAAAUACCCUGUUUGGCUCUUUUAUGUCCACAAAAACUGAGCAGAAACCACCAGGUCCAGUUCAUGACUAGUAGGUGGAUGUUGAAGUUUGCCUUUUGUGUGUUUGUAUUUUACUGUUUGGACACAGAUAACUGUGUCCAGAUGUAAGCGAAUAACUCUAGCAGCAUCAUUUCAGUGUUCUGAAGCUCGAUAAUAGUGCGUUUGUGUCUUUGUCAACACAGUAGUAGACAAAAGUAAAUGUGAUGUAUGACACAGAAAGAUAGCAUCAUGUGGCGGUCAGCCAGUACGGGGAAAAAAAAUCACUUUUCUCUGUUCAAUUUAUGAGAAAUUAUGUCCCAUUAUCUUUAUGUAAAUCAUCAGAUUUUUGAUCAUUUGUGUUAUUCUAAAAGGGAUUUUGUGCUAUGUCUUGUACUGGAACAGUGCCUGGAAAUUCAGAGCAUUUCUGAAUGAAAUCCACUGAAGAUGCCUCUUGUGGUAGUAGGUUGGAAUAAUCAUGGACUUUUAGUCGACUAGUUCAGCUUCAAAACACUCGAUAUGCUGCAUGAGCUGUUCACAAAUCAAUUCAAGUUAUCUCCUGUGAGUUGUGCCUGAUUUGGUGCUCUGCUAGAACAUGUUCCCCGUGUCCCCUGCUUCCCCAGAGAACGCAUAAAUGUAACCGACCUGUUGUUCCACUGAUGUAUAGACCGAAGCGAUGCUUGACUGUGGCUGGUUCAUGACUGAAUGCUGACUUUUUGGAUGAACUGCUCCUUUAAAGUCUGCAUCAACUAGACCAUGUCCCAGUAGUGAUGGAGGUACUGGUCUAACACUACCACCCACACACACACACACACACACACACACACACACACACACACACACACACAGAUCUGGAUCAUGUCAGUGGAAUUCAGUCACACGAGAGCAUAUUGCUGUUGUUGAGGAAAAACUACAUUGCUGCAUUUUUUUUAUUUUCUCAUAGCUGACUUAAAUUAAAGGCUUUAAUGAUCAUUUGUGCGUGUAGUAAAUUUUUAGGAGCAGUUCUUUGAAAGGUAUCUAGAAGGACCAAUUCACAGUUUACUGGACUAUACACUAGGGCUGGACCCCAAUAUCCGAAUCUCCGAAUAUUCGGUCGUUACGGUGGUAUCCGAAUAUUUAUUUUGAGAUCCCCCCCCCUGCCUGCCCGUUGGACAAUGUCGCACAAUCGGUAUUCGACUCAUCAGUUCGUCUCUUCCCCCCGUUGGGCUUUACGAACCGAUCCAAAUAUUCGGAUAUUCGUCAUUAAUCGGGGCCGAAUAUCCAGAGCCCAGAAAUUGCUAUUCCGGCCAGCCCUAGUAUUCAGUAUACUAGAAGAAACUACUGGCGACUAGGAGUGUGUUUUGGUGUGAGUUAGCCUGUGAUAGACAGAGGGGUUCAUCCAAUCACCUGCCAAGUAUCUUUUGAAAGUGCCUGCCCCUUUUCCAAACAGUUUCCAAGGACAACGUCCCCCAUGUUCUUGCAGGUUGGUGUUUUUAUCCAGCAACAGCAAUAUCCAGUUCCACACACGCUUCCACACAGAACAGGAAGUGAAACGAAUAAGAGUGAGGCUGAUGGAGCCACGCAGAUACAUCCAGCCACUGCUUGUUCACGCUGCAACCAACUAGUUGAAUAAGUUGACGUAUCUCAAUGGCUUGCACCAGUCGUGGGAGGUGUCCACAUGGUGUCUUUCUCUCCAGAGAUGAUGUAGAUACGAUGGUAAUGGAGCACUGAUUUUCCUUUGCUCGCUGUUUUAAAAGUCAAGUCUAAUCUUCUACAGAUGCUGUAGAGACUCCAAACUUUCUUGUAGAACUGAAGCAAUCUGUCAGUUAAACUAUGGUGGGAGUUUAGCAACCAUUUUGGACAACAGUUACAGUCACCAUGGUGACAUAUCAAGCAUUUUCAUUGUCACAUGUUCUGGUAGUGAAUGGAAGAAGCAACAGCACAAUGAGAUCUCCAGAUCACUGAUGUUUGAAGCUGGUGGUGGUCUUAAAAUAUUGAUCUAGAUCAGGGGUGUCAAACAUGAGGCCUGCGGGCCAAAACCGUCCCGCCAGGGGGUCCAAUCUGGCCCACUGGAUGACUUUGUAAAGUGUAAAAACUACAGAGAAGACAUUAAUUGCAAGUGAAAAAAUUGGAAGACUGUAAAUUUAAAACAAUUUCUAGACAAUGAAAAGUUGAUUUGAUGAUAAAGUAAUGUAAAUACUAGAUUGCUCAUUGUUCUUUUGUCGUUUUGUGUCUCAUUUUUGUAAUAUUUUGUCUUGUUUUUGUUGUUUUUUGUCUGACUUGUCGUUUCUCAUGUUUUUGUCGUUUUGUGUUUCUCUUUUGUCUCGCUUGUGUUUUUUGUCUUAAUUUUGUAAUUUUGCGUUUUGCUUUAUUAGUUGUUUUGUGUAUCGUUUUUGUCAUUUUGCGUUUUUUUUGUCUCGCUUGUGUUGUUAGUCCAUUUUUUUGGUCGUUUUCUUUCUCGCUUUUGUCAUUUUUUUGUCUCAUUUUUGUCAUUUGUGUAGUUCUUUGUCUUGUUUUUGUCGUUUGACCAUUUUUUUGUCAAUUUGUAACCAUUUUGUCGAUUUUUUUUGUCUCUUUUCUGUUUUGUGUCUUGUCGUGUGUCUCAUUCUUUGUCAUUUUGUGUCUUUUGACAUUUUUUGUCUCGUUUUUUAAUUCCUGAAAUGUGAACAUUUUCACAACGUACUCUUUUUGCACUAAAACAAAGGAAAACAUUUGGAGUUUUCGUAAUUUAUCGAUUAUUAUGCUGUGAUUUGCUGGUCACUUGAGAUCAAAUAGGGCUGAAUGUGGCCCCUGAACUAGAACGAGUUUGACACCCCAGAUCUAGAUCUUCUAAAGCUGCAUUCAUCGCUUUCAUUCCUUUUCAGUCAGUCGGACAGAAAAGGCCUGGAAUAGUGACCAAUUUAUUAAGCUGUUGCAAUAGAAUGCAACUCUGCUAGCUCUUGGCUCACCUCCUCAGAAAAAUGAGUUUGAUGAUGAUUUUCUGUAGGGUUGUCUUAACUUUUGCAGCGUUUCCUGAACUGAGCAACCGUCUGUAGCAUUCUGGAACUGUGAAACUAGCACCUAUGAAGACGUGAUUAGCUAUUGAAGGACAUGAGGCAACUUAUUUCCUGUGUUGCUUGCAGUCUUGGCAUGUGUGGCAUGUGCAUGUGUUGGACUUCCAACAGUCUGUUUCCUGAUUGGAACAGUAAUGAUGAGCAGAAGUGGCUGCUGACAGGACGGGUAUGCUGUGUUCACGACCUAUGCAAACAUGAGAAAUCCACAAGAAAAUACUCCUACCAUGUUUACCUUUAGCUUCUAGGUGUUCUCUGAUUGACACAAAGACUGUAUAAAACAAUGUUUUCUUAAUGAAUAAAGCUGAGUUUAUGAUUUCUAUCAUAAUAUCGCA